CAUUUCACGGAAACUGACUUAGAUUUUAUGUUGAUGCCAACGCUAAUUAUACUAAUAACGCUGAAGCGCCUUUAUUACUAUCUCAAGAAAUAGUUACUGUAUUACAUAUUUCCGUAAAUAAGAUGGGGGAAGAUAAAGACCGCCGACGAAGGUCUCGAUCCCGAGAAAGAAAACGUUCUAGAUCUCGAUCUAGAGAACGAAGAGAAAAAAGAAAAAGCAGAUCAAGAUCGCCCAAUAAACGUUCACGUAGACGUAAGCCUUCGCUUUACUGGGAUGUACCGCCGCCGGGAUUCGAGCAUAUCACGCCAUUACAAUACAAGGCGAUGCAAGCGGCGGGUCAGAUUCCUGCCAAUAUUGUCGCCGACACACCACAAGCUGCCGUGCCCGUGGUGGGUUCGACUAUAACACGUCAAGCGCGAAGGUUAUAUGUCGGCAACAUACCCUUUGGCGUCACCGAAGAAGAAACAAUGGAGUUUUUCAAUCAACAAAUGCAUCUAUCGGGCCUGGCCCAGGCCGCCGGCAACCCUGUUUUGGCUUGCCAGAUUAAUUUAGAUAAAAAUUUUGCAUUCCUUGAAUUCAGAUCAAUUGAUGAAACGACACAGGCAAUGGCUUUUGACGGUAUUAAUUUUAAAGGGCAAAGCUUAAAGAUUCGACGUCCACAUGACUACCAGCCUAUGCCAGGCACUGAAAACCCAGCAAUAAAUGUGCCUGCUGGUGUUAUUAGCACUGUUGUACCUGAUUCCCCACACAAGAUCUUUAUAGGGGGAUUGCCUAAUUAUCUAAAUGAGGACCAAGUAAAGGAAUUACUCAUGUCAUUUGGUCAACUCCGGGCCUUCAAUUUGGUGAAAGACUCUUCAACUGGGUUGAGCAAAGGCUAUGCUUUUGCUGAAUAUGUCGACAUUUCUAUGACAGAUCAGGCUAUUGCAGGUUUAAAUGGAAUGCAACUUGGAGAUAAAAAGUUGAUUGUGCAACGUGCCAGUAUUGGCGCAAAGAAUUCAACUUUAGAAAUGGGAUACUUUUCAGCACUGACCGGUGCAGCUCCAGUGCAAAUCCAAGUGGCAGGUUUGACCUUGGCUGGAGCAGGUCCACCUACUGAAGUAUUGUGCCUUCUUAACAUGGUUACACCUGAUGAAUUGCGUGAUGAAGAGGAGUAUGAAGAUAUCCUUGAAGAUAUAAAGGAGGAAUGCAACAAAUAUGGUGUUGUGCGUAGUAUAGAAAUUCCAAGACCAAUUGAAGGAGUCGAAGUACCUGGAUGUGGCAAGGUAUUUGUCGAGUUCAACAGUAUCGCAGAUUGCCAGAAAGCGCAGCAGACGCUCACAGGACGCAAGUUCAGUAACAGAGUCGUCGUCACAUCUUACUUCGAUCCUGACAAAUAUCAUCGCAGAGAGUUUUAAAGAUAUUUUUUUUUUACCGUCACUUCAAUUUCGUCCUGUUGCACUAGCGUGGAAGAAAAUGUUCAACAUUGUUUUUCAAAGAAGUUUAAUUUUCAUUAGUUUACAUUAAAAACAUAUAAGAACAAAUUAAAUUUAAAAAUAAAUGCUUUUAACGAUUCAUUGUAAAAGUGAGUGUCUUAACUACCAAAUGAACAGAUUUAAUUGUGAUCUACUCAAUUACGACUGAUAAUUAAUUUUACAAUUUCUAUAAAUUGAAAAUGUCACGAUUUGUUGAAAAUAAAAGUUUUUUGUAUAUUUUUUUUCACAAGACCUAUAUUGACACAUGCUAGUAGCACAUUCAACAAACGACAGAGAUUAAAUCAAUCAAAAUGCAUGUGAAUUGGAGCAUCAUGCUUUUCGUCACCAAUCCACUACAACUGACAUGUUAAGUAUUAACUAAAAAGUAUAUUGCGCGUUUGUAACUGCUAUGAAUAAAUAAAUUUAUCUCAA